GUUGAUUUGCCAGAUUAUUUAGACAUCUACCACAAGAACAAGGCACUGAGAAAAAGUUCUCCAUUUGGCAUAUUCAUAGACUUUAAAUAUGUCUCUGUUAAAACUCUGGAUUUUUCAUCCCAUAUUGAUGCUGUCUGCAUUUUCUGGAACAGCAGAUGGAUUUUAUGAAUACACAUUGCAAGAAUGCGUCUACAGUACCAGUGAUUACAGUGAUAUGGUGUAUCUUCAGUCAAAAUCCUUCAAUAAAUUUGUGGAUGUACAGUGCAACAGCACUCUGGGGAAGUGUGUGGGGUACACUGAGGAAGGAGUGAAAUAUGCAGAGGACUGGAACAAAAAUCCGGCCUACAUGCAGCAGCUGAAAACUGCAGUGGACACAUUCUGCAGACAUAAUGCUCAGAUCUCUGAUUCAGCGGUUCGUGAUAAAGCAGUACAACCGAAGGUUACACUCAGUUCAGUGAAGCAGGCUGAAGGCAAUCAUCCAGCUGUGUUGAUGUGCAGUGCAUAUGAAUUCUACCCUGAGAAAAUCAAAGUGUACUGGCUGAGAAAUGGUGAAGUGGUAACCACAGAUGUGACCUCCACAAUGGAGCUGGCUGAUGGGGACUGGUACUACCAGAUCCACUCUGAGCUGGAGUACACUCCUAAAUCUGGAGAGAAGAUCUCCUGUGUGGUGGAGCAUGCCAGCUCAACUCAACCUAUUGUUAAAGAGUGGGAUUCCUCUAUGCCUGAGUCUGACAGGAAUAAAAUCGCCAUCGGGGCAUCAGGUUUGGUGUUGGGAAUCAUCAUAGCAGCUGCUGGACUCAUUUACUACAAGAAAAAAUCAUCAGGGAGGAUCCUGGUACCAAACUGACGACAGUAAGUCUAAUGUUACCUGACCCGACUGAGAGAGGACCUCCUUGGAUCACUGUAUUCUCUUUGUCACAUCUUUUAUACAGUCUCCUUAUACUGAACCUUUAAUUUUUUUUACUUUAAUAAUUAAAGUAAUAAUGACAAUUUUAAAAAUUGCAUCAAACACACUUACAUGACUUGUAUUUGACCAUCUCUAUGUAAUGCUUGUAGUGAUAAUAUAGCGUGUAUUUAAUUAUGUGUAGUAAUGAUUUUGCUUGAACUCUCUAGAGCUGAUCAAAUGUGGACAGAAGCAAUGUGAAUGAUGAUGUUAUAAAGGUUUUCAAUCAAUAUUUUCAUACUAGAACUAUUGUGAAACCAUUCAAAGCUUUGAUUUGAGUCAGAGAGGCAGCAUUCACAGAGAGAUUUUAAAGGAUUAGUUCACUUUCAUAUAAAAUUUUCCUGACAUCUUGGAUGACAUGGGGGUGAGUAAAUUAUCAAGAAAAUUUUAUAUGAAAGUGAAGUAAUCCUUUAACUUUUCCUUUAUAAGAAAAUAUAUCAGAAGAAAACAAGAUGUCAUGUUGUCUGAAAUGUUAAAAACUACAGUGUCUUUUGCAUAGUAUAUGAAGUGCAAACAUUUAUUCAUGGAGCUUUACCACCCCCUACUGUCAUUAUUGUUAAUUAUGCAGUUAGUUUCCAGUGUGAUUGCUUUGUUUAAAUAAUCUUACUAAUACUAAUGUUACUUGCAAAAAACAUCCAUAAAAUUUGCUAAGUCAUGGAGUUUUUUUUUUUUUGUUUUUAAUCUGUACAUUUUAGUUCCAAAUAAAUAUUUCUUUACAAAA